AAGUGGAGAGCGCAUAAGGAACCGUAGAAACCCCCUCACCAAAUCAUUUACUAAACGCUCUCCGCUCCCAAACACCCCACGCAGAUCUCAUCGCAAGUUCCCCAAUACAACUUCCUCUUUCUCAUAUCUCUAAGGCAAGUUCUUCUCUUCUCUCUCACAUUUUUUUCUUUAUCGUUUUAAUUCUCAAACGCCCCACCUUCUCGAUCCGUGUCACAAUUCACGAUUCCGCCUCCAUCUGCGACAAUAGUUGAAAAUGGGGCUCUCGUUCACCAAGCUUUUCAGUCGCUUGUUUGCGAAGAAGGAGAUGCGUAUACUUAUGGUCGGUCUCGACGCCGCCGGUAAGACAACCAUUCUCUACAAACUCAAGCUCGGAGAGAUCGUCACCACCAUUCCCACCAUUGGGUUUAAUGUGGAAACUGUGGAAUAUAAGAACAUCAGCUUCACUGUUUGGGAUGUCGGUGGCCAGGACAAGAUCCGUCCUUUGUGGAGACAUUACUUCCAAAAUACCCAAGGUCUUAUAUUUGUGGUUGAUAGCAAUGACCGAGAUCGUGUUGUGGAAGCUAGAGACGAGCUGCACAGGAUGUUGAAUGAGGAUGAGUUGAGAGAUGCUGUGCUUCUUGUUUUUGCUAACAAGCAAGAUCUUCCAAAUGCUAUGAAUGCUGCCGAAAUAACUGACAAACUUGGUCUUCAUUCUCUCCGUCAGCGCCACUGGUAUAUCCAGAGCACAUGUGCCACAUCUGGUGAAGGACUUUACGAAGGACUUGACUGGCUCUCAAACAACAUUGCAAACAAGGCAUAGUGAUCAUCAUUUGUGGAUUGCUUGGAUUUUGGUUGAGUUUAUAGCGAUUGUGACUUCCGAUGUUUGAUGCGGUUACCUUGUUUAGAAUCUUUUAUCUCAUCUAGCAUGUAUUAUUUGUCUUUGAUAAAGAACAAUAUAUUUACAACCUAAUAUCAAAAUAAUUUGAAUUCUUUUCCGUGUAUAAUCAGAAGACACUGUUUACCCAUUGAUUUUAGAAGUCAAUUUUGCCUAUGGUGCGUUGAUACUA